UCAGAAUUAGUCUGAAAAGCACAAAGUCCAUAUGUAGAAACUAAGUAACAAGGUGCCCGUUGAAAAGUCCAAGGAAAUGAGCCAAAUCAGCAAACUAACCCACAUAAGCCGCAUAAGCCAAAACAAUCAGUCGGACGGGAGUGAUGAGGAUAAGUUUCGCCGUGCGAAUUUUCCGGUUUACCCAAAACCGCUACCUGAUCGAGAUUUGAGCUACAAAGCUGACGAAAAUGAGUUCACAAUGGUGGAGAAGGCGUCCUUGCGGAAUGCCUGGCGUUUAAUUGAGCCAUUUCAGCGCCGAUUUGGCAAGGAAAAUUUUUACAGUUUCCUUACGAGGAACGAGGAUCUCAUAAACUUUUUCAGGAAAGAUGGAAAGAUUAACCUGAGUAAGCUGCACGGGCAUGCCAUGGCAAUGAUGAAGCUGAUGUCAAAGCUGGUCCAAACACUGGAUUGCAAUCUAGCUUUCCGCUUGGCCUUGGAUGAGAAUCUUCCCACACAUCUGAAGAAUGGCAUCGAUCCGGAUUAUAUGAGGAUGCUGGCCACCGCACUGAAGAGUUAUAUCCUUGCGUCUUCCGUUAUCGAAAAUCACAACUCAUGUUCACUAAGCAAUGGUCUGGCCCGUCUGGUGGAGAUCGUCGACUCAGAUUGCCUUGCAUCCCUGGACAAAGGAAACGAGAUUUUUUUUGGAAAUCUCCCCGUGCCAUGCAUCACAGAGGGACCGUUGCGAAUUGGCAACUAAUCUAAGGCCUCCGCACUCGCAUGCAUAUAAAUCCAGCAACCACAGACAGAUUUUGCCACAGUUACAGGCGGUGACCGGGCAGGCACCUCAAAUUAAAUUAAGCCAUAAUUUAUUUCCCAUGGAGACGGGCGAGGAGACACCAGCCCACAGAGCUCAAAAUUCAAAUGCCCAACAAAAAUAUGGCACUAAGAGCUGCUGCUUCUGCAGCGGUUAAAACACGCACACACACAAAGACACUCGGGGAAACGAGGAGCCAGCUGAGAGGAGGAUUUAUUGGAAUUCCAUCAAUGGCGAGGCAGGAACUCCUCUGUUCCCGAUUCGCAUGGCAGGCAUCCCACUGUGACCAGCACGAACUCUAACUGCAGGACAUGCUUUGGACAUCAGUGAUGCGAAGUGGCGACUACGAAAGGAAGCUGACCGGAAGGACAGCAAAUAGCAAUCUCGCUAACCUUUUCAAAAACGUGCAACAUGAAUGUACUAUGUGUACAUUGAAACGAAUUUGAAUAUCAUAUGAUUAUCAUCAUGAAGUAAUCUUUACUGAUGUUCAAGGAUCGCUCCUCCCCAACACCUUUUGAUCAACUGUCUGUGCUUAAAAAAAGGACUAAAUUAAUUUUGAGUUUCAAGGUAAAUUUAACUGAUAUACGCAGUUCGACUUUAACCAUAAUCAAUAGCCAGACGUUUGGACGUCACCUCCGAUUAGAAGUGCAAGCCUUUCCUUUCGGAGGAGGGGAUUCGGACAGGAGGGAACUUUGUGACCCGCAGGAGGCACGGGAUUGGCACGACGAGGGACUUUGGCACGGAUGGCUCAUCAUAAAUACAAAGCAGGCCGGCGCUUUGUCAGGCAUCCUUCGACACUUUUAUUGGCCCGGUCUGUCGGGGUGGACUGCUGGCCAUUCUGCAGGAGAAUCCCCCAUUUCCUGGGAAGGGGUGGCCGUCAUCGAUAUGCCAGCAGCAUCCUGCACUUGCCGCUGCUCCUUGCUAUUUCGCCCCCGGAUCCGCCGCCUCCGGCUUUUUCCUGCUAGCUCUGGACCUGCUCUUUGUGCCAGGCAAAUGAAAUUGAAAAUUUUUAUGAUGCCAACACCAGGGUAGCAAAUAGAAUGUUGAAAAUUUAAGCAGCUGCAUAAAGCUGGUUAAUCCGCCAGCUGAUUAAGACGAGAUUGAGCAGCGCCCGGGGUCGGACACCUCUUGACAUUAAUGGCGAAGUCAAAGCCAAAGUCUGUAUAAUUUUUAUGACCACCGAUGGGCUACACGUGCUGCUCGAAAAUGUUUAUGGCGCCCACUGUGGAAACUGGAAGCUGUGGAAAAGUGCAGCUCGAAUAUUUUCUAGGGCGGAACUCUUGAGCUAAACGAGUUAGCAUUUCGGGGCGAAGGGCGUUCAGAAAAGUAGCUGGCAAGUAACAAGCUUAACCGCAAAAGUUUUAAAUAAACUUUUGUUGUUGUUGUUCCUGGCAAAAAUAUAUUUGCAGAAUGCGUCCACGCGAGCGGCAUAACUAUAACUUCCGAUUCCGUUGGCUGGCUUUGGCUGGGAAUGUAAAUGGGUGUGUGGAUGGGCCGUGGGACCCGCUGCCUUGUAAUACAGUUAAAUAUAAAUUCAAAAAAU